UUAUAUAGAGCAGUGGAUAGACUAUUAUUUAUUUAAUUUCGAGACAUUGUUUUAUAACAACACAAAAUAUGCCUUUAUUGUUUUCAUUAGACUCCCUAUUGAGAAUAUAAUUACCCCUGGCGCCUGCCCAACUAGAUCCGCCAAUGAACUAAUAUUCUUUCUUGUGGUUUUGUCGAGGUUCAUUGACUUGUAUUUACGGGAAUAAUUUGUAUUACACUAUAUUCGGAAAUUUAAAAAAUAUUUUUUUUUGAUAUCAUGUCCUUUUGAGUUUUAAAAAAUAUAUCCCGUAUCUUUUUUUUUUUAGAGUGAAAUAAAGUUGACCAAUUAUUCUCAUUCAACUUCACCUUCACCUAUCCCUUAGUCUGUUGGACUUUGCGCACUACAUCAGAUGUUAACCAUCUUUCUUCAUUUUGCUCUAUCCUUUGCAUUGGAUAAAAUUUCAUUCAUCGACAGGCCUGUUGAUUAUUUGAUGUAGUUAAGCUCUGUGCACUGAUAGAGUUACACAGUGAAAGUUGACGACUUAUAUGAAGGGUUGAAGUACUUUAGAUAAUAUUUUAUACUUGAAGAAGUUUAAACAAAAAUGUUGAAACACAAGAGAAAAAGACAAAUCAAAGAGAGGAGUUCCAAAAAACAAAAGACUGAAAAUAGCAGUUCUGAAUUUUGUCUUCCUACUGAAACUAGUGAAGAAAGUAAUAAAGACAGCCUUGAGAAAGCGCAGUCAGAUUAUAAUAUCACCAAUAACCAUUAUAAUAUCCAGUCAGAUGACUUAGAUCAUGAUGAAGGUGCAUUAAUUGUUGAUCAUGAAACUCAAGAGUCAGAAGGAGGAGAAGCAGGUCUAAAAAAAUAUCUUGCUAGCUGUGAGAAGAAUCCAGGUCACAAGCAGUUUAUACCUAUUGAUAAAUUCAAAUUGAAACAUUUACCUGAAAGUUAUCAAGACAAUGAUUUGUAUGAAUACAUUAAAGCUCUAGCUGACCUGACAGUGAAAUUAAAUGUUAAAAUGACUAGUCUAGACAGACCAAAGUUUUGGUCAAAGACAACACAUCCGUAUCCGUUUUCAAAAAUGAGUGACCGGAGAAACUUGCGGACAGGAAGUGGAAGAGUCAGAUACGUCAAUAAAUUUAAAGAUGGAGUGACACACAAUUUAAUUAUUGGAAGUAGUGACUUCUCAAAGUGUUGGUGUAGAAAAUGUCAAGUUUCAGACUCACCCAGCAAUGUCUGGUGGGAGUUUUAUGUCUUCACAGCCACACACGUGGUUUUUGAUGACAUUGAGGCCAGCCACGCGACCUUGAGAUUGUUUUAUGAUAGAGAUGACAGUCCAGUGGUCAGUGUUAAUAACGUCAGUAUUGAUUAUAGAGACAUUGAUGGUGACUGGUGUGUUUUGAAAUGUGUGACAUGUGACAAAUAUAUAGGAAAUAAACUGAUGGGAAUGUGGAGACAUAAUAGAAAUGUAUGGAUGAAAAUCUUUAAUAAAUACAGAAAUUAUACAUCUAAAAACAAGCUUAAUAUUAUAGUGUCACAUCCUCAUGGAUCUUCUAAACAGGUCAGUGUUGGUCAAUGGAAGGACAAACACAAGAUGGGUGAAGAUAGAUCUAAGUUUACCUAUACAACUUGCACAUGUCCAGGAAGUAGUGGAGCACAUGUCCUGUGUCUGGGAUAUAGUGACUGGUGGCUGUAUGAUCUUGUUCACACUGGAAGUUUAAAGUCCGGAUUAAAUUACAGUGGGGUUGGUGAUGUCUACUAAGUUGUUCCAGCUGUCACCAAACAACAUGAACUUAUAUUAAAAAUGAUCAAUCUGUUGCCUCUUAUUGUAAUAAAACACAUUUAAAAUGUCUUAUUUAUAAUUUAUAAAUGUUUACUUGUUUGAAAAUAUUACUUUUAAAUGUUAACUUUAUAUGAAUAAAUGAAACUUAAAUGUUUUUUUUUAUGUCAUUUCCACUUUGUGUAUAAUUUGUUUUUGAGAGGUCAUGAUGUUCAAAAUUUCUUUUUACAAAUAUUUUGUUAAGAAAACUAUGUAUGUAUUUCAAGAACAACACUUCAUUUAUAUCUCAGAUGUGCAAUGAUGAAUGAAACGUUAGAUUAAUUUAAAAAGAAAAUAACAUUCUUUAACUACGUUUUUAAUUGUAUUGCCCAAAUAAAACCUUGCUGUAUACACAAUUAGCCAAUAAAUACAAUUCUAUGAAUA